AGUGAAUUUGUUAUUAGAACGCGUGGUUGGUUUGAGGAACCGAAACGGGAAAAUGCACUGGCUCAUGGCAUUGGUACCCAGAAUAUGUUGGACAUGACUCCGCAUGCUGGUCGAAAGCCAUACAACUCAAUAUUCGAUUGGGGUGUCUACUUCCCGUACAUCGCUCAGACGACACGCAGUAAACAGUUUUCCUAUCCUCAGGUGUCCAAUCUAGUACAAAAUGAUCCGGUUCUCCAAAGAGCCAUUAAACAAGCAGCCGAACAAAUGCUUAAGGAAAAACAGUCGAACUCGGGGAAUUCUAAUGAAGAUCUCAAUAGAAAUAGUGAAAACAAAGAUAGCUAUUUAGAGGAGUCCAUGGCCGAUUAUCAGCAGUUUCUAAACAAGCAAGAACGCCGUGCCAUCAAUAUACUCAAAGACAUGCGUUCCACUCUCAACAAUUUUCUGCUCGCCCUAACUUCAUGGAUAUUGUACAAGCUGUUGCCUUGCUUUCUGAGUGGUGUGGUCACACAUACUCAGCAGAUUGAAAUGUUGAAAGCAGCCACGGAAAAGGCUCCGGGCAUACCUCUUAUAUUCUUGCCGUUGCAUCGAAGCCAUUUAGAUUAUAUUAUGGUUACGUUCAUUUUGUACAACAACGAUAUUAAAAGCCCUUUGGUGGCAGCUGGUAAUAAUUUACAGAUUCCUGUUUUUGGUGAACUGCUUCGGGGCCUGGGAGCCUUUUUCAUUAAGCGAAAAAUCGAUCCUGUGGUAGGAAAGAAAGAUAUACUGUACCGUGCUAUACUGCAUUUGUAUCUGCAACACGCUCUAAAAAUGGGCCACAACGUGGAGUUCUUCAUUGAAGGAGGUCGUACUCGAACUGGAAAACCGUGUCUUCCCAAAGGCGGAAUUCUGUCGGUGAUUGUUAAUGCAUUUAUGGACGGAAGUAUACCAGACGCUCUUAUUGUCCCAGUGUCGGUCAACUAUGAAAAACUCGUUGAUGGAAAUUUUGUUCGUGAACAAAAAGGAGAGAAAAAAGUCCCAGAGAGUUUUGGAAAGGCAAUAUCAGGCAUAUGGAAGGCCUUAAAUUCCAAAUAUGGACUUAUGCGAAUUGAUUUCAACGAACCUUAUUCGAUCAAGGAAUUGGUACAAUCGUACAACAAAAUCGCCAAAGAAGAUGGUUCCAUGAGGAUCUAUAAACCCUCAGCUCGUACCUUGCAACACAAUCAAUCCACCUCAUCCCUAUACGGUACAGAUGUUGUAUGUGAGGAACAUCGCAAUCUCAUCGAUAGCAUAUCACGACAAGUUGUCUACGAUUGUGCAGUAGCUACAUCUGUCAUGUCCACUAAUGCGUUAGCUUUCUUGUUGCUCACGCGAUAUCGCAAUGGUGCAACAGACAGCGAAAUCGCAAAUGGUUUAGACGAGCUGCGGACAACGCUGAAGGGUCGAAAAGAUAUUGGAUUUUCUGGUGAAUCUUUGCAUAUUAUUAAUUAUGCCGCGGACCUGUUGGGAGAAAAUUUAGUUGUUCGAUCAAAAGACGACAAUGGCUAUACAAUUAUAAGACCGAAGGGGACAGUAGAAAGUUGGAUUGAAUUGGCAUAUUACUCCAAUACGAUAACACCGCACUUUGCUUUGCAAUCGAUAGUAUUGACUACGUUCCACAAAUUACUGCCGUCCUCAGACCAAUUGAGUGAAAAGCAGCAGCCUGGUGUUUCCCGGAAAAAGCUAAUCGAAACCGCUUUAGAGAACUGUGAAGUCUAUAGAUACGAAUAUAUACUCAAUAAGCCCACUCAAGUUCUGGCCAACAUGUUGGAGCUAGCAUUAGAUGAACUGAUAAUGCAAGGUUUUAUUAAGACUGCACAGUCCGACAAUCAAAAUGAUGCCCCCAUGGAAACAGUACGAAUGGCUAGAGCCAUAGCUUCCUAUAUAGAAAAUAAUGAUAUGGAUGAAGAUGAUGAUGUGCCUAACGAUUUUGAGAAUUUGGAGCAAACGGAGGAGCCAGAUAUUUUCCUAGUUCGCGAUACAAUAAAUCAACAGAAGGCAAUUUGUGAAGUUCUAGCCCCAUUUGCUCAGACAUACUACAUUGUUGCCGACUCACUGUUUAUUUUGUAUAAGAACUCUAUACUCGAAAGUGAAUUUAUAAAAUUCGUAAUGAAGGAAUUACAAGACAGAGUGAACAAAAAUCAUUGCCCCUAUUCUGAAAGUAUAUCCACUGAUUCAGUGCGAAACUGUUUAAAAGUCCUUGAGAAAUGGUUCGUCAUUGAGAUAACUAACCAAAGUGGUCUGCGGCUAUUGGCUUUGCGGACACCCUACGAAGCAAGUCGUGAAUCUUUAAAAAACAUAGUCCAACGAAUGUCCAAUGUCGUGCCACUUUACAAUAACGGUUAUUUUUAA